GCCCGAGCGGAGCCGGCUGCUCCCCUCCCGCAGCAGAGCCCAGAGGCACCUGUACAGCACCGAGGCGUGUCAGGAAACCUGAUGCCUCACCUCUGCCAAUGUGGAGGCGGAGGGAGGAGGGCCCAAAGACAUGUCCCUUCACGCUCGCAACAGCUGAAAACAGAGAAGGAAACUCGCUAGAGCCUUUUCCAGCAGCGCAGGAAGCCUCCCUGUCCCGCUCUCACCCCAGCAGCCCUCCCGUACUCCACUACUCUGGGGGGGUGGCUGUCCCACACCCGCCGGGCGAUGAACAUCGCAAGGAGAAGAGGCUUUUACAGACAGGAGGUGAACAACACGCUCUGGGAGCUGCCCAGGAGAUACACGAACCUGCACCCGCUGGGCUCCGGGGCCUACGGCUCCGUCUGUUCAGCCAUAGACAAGAAGACGGGGGAGAAAGUGGCCAUCAAGAAGCUGUGCCGCCCGUUCCAGUCAGAGAUCUUUGCCAAGAGAGCCUACAGAGAGCUGAUGCUGCUGAAGCACAUGCAGCAUGACAACGUCAUUGGGCUGCUUGAUGUCUUCACCUCCACUGCCUCCUACCAGGGGUUCCAGGACUUCUACCUGGUGAUGCCAUACAUGCGGACAGAUUUACAAAAGAUCAUGGGACAUGAAUUCAGUGAUGAAAAGAUCCAGUACCUGGUCUACCAAAUGCUGAAAGGGCUGAAGUAUAUUCAUUCAGCUGGCAUCGUCCACAGGGACCUGAAGCCAAGUAACCUGGCUGUGAAUGAGGACUGCCAGCUGAAGAUCCUGGAUUUUGGCUUGGCCAGGCAGGCUGAUGCUGAGAUGACUGGCUACGUGGUGACACGCUGGUACAGGGCCCCAGAGGUCAUCCUGAACUGGAUGCAUUACAACCAGACAGUGGAUAUCUGGUCUAUUGGCUGUAUCAUGGCAGAAAUGCUGACUGGGAAAACACUCUUUAAAGGAAAAGACUACCUGGAUCAGCUGACCCAGAUCCUGAAAGUAACGGGGCAUCCAGGAGAGGACUUCUUGGAGAAGCUGGAGGACAAGGCGGCAAAGAGUUAUAUCAAGUCCCUUCCUAAAAUCCCCAAGAAGGACUUGUCUGUGCUUUUCCCUAAAGCAAAUCCUCUGGCUGUGGACCUGCUUGACAAGAUGCUGCAGCUGGAUGUGGAAAAGCGCCUCACAGCAACACAGGCCUUGGCUCACCCCUACUUCGACCAGUUCCGAGAUAUCGAGGAGGAGACAGAGGCACAAAACUCCUAUGAUGAUUCUCUGGAACAUGAAAAGCUUUCCAUAGAGGAGUGGAAAAAGCACAUUUACAAGGAGAUCUUGACCUUCAGUCCCAUUGCACGGAAGGACUCAAAGAAGAGAAGUGGGAUGUCCUUAUAGCGACGGGUGCAGCUGUGCCUGGGACUCGGUUCUCCCUGAUGACAUCGCAUUCAUUCCACACUGUGCUGCUGGUGGCCAACUUCUGGCCUGUGGGACCUCUCUCUAUGUGCCAACACAAGGAUGAUGCCGUGCUGUGGGCACUGGACUUUGUUCUUCUAAAGGGGAAGCACCCCAGACAGUUUUCGACAUAAAAGACAAAUAUAUUCUUGUUGAAACUUUAA